UUCUGUAUUGUAUUAGAACAAUAGCAGCAGGUGGAGCGUGUUUCCCACAAACAGUAUAAAUAUAAGCAAAUAAGGUGUUUCAGACUCAAUCUUCAUCCUUGAGCAGAUUUGGCAGAACUACCGGCCAUGUACCUGCACCACCUCGCUUUGACUUUGGCAUCAGUCUGGUGGGUGUCUGCUGAUGAAUGCAACUCUACAGAACAUGCUAGAGCUUAUGUUGCACUUUCUAAAGACCUUAACCUGUCCAAUAACAACAAUCUGACAAAGAACACGCGGCCCGUUGAUGAAUAUUACAGUCCUAUCUGGGUUUCUGUAUACCUCUAUGUGACCGCCAUCACAGAUGUGAAUGAAAAUGCCCAGAGCAUUACAACACAAGUACAAGUUGACACUUGGUGGAGAAACAGUGAUAUAUAUUGGAACCCAUCAAACUAUUGUGACAUUUAUGAAAUUACAACUCUGAAAGAUUUGUUUUGGGCUCCCGACAUUGUCGUUCUCGAAAGCAUCAAGACAGAGUUUGCAACAAAAGAGUCUCCAUAUAUCAACGUACAUUAUUGGGGUUAAAUACAAAAAACAGAGAUAUUAUCUCUGACCGCUGCCUGUAACAUGGAGCUGUACAAGUUUCCCUUCGACACACAAAACUGCACGCUAACCUUUAAAUCCUUAAUGCAUUCAGACACAGAGGUAAAAAUGUAUGGCUAUUCAAGUGAUUUUCCAAGUACUUCAUCAAACACACAGUCUUUUAAGAUCCCGGGAGAGUGGCAACUUAUCGAUAAAACGCAAUCAUAUCACAACGGAGAAAAGGUGUCAUUUCAGAUGAUCAUCGAGAGGAAACCUCUAGUGUAUGUCAUCAACUUAAUUUUUCCAGUCUUUUGUUUCCUGGUGCUGGAUGUGGCCUCCUUCUUCAUAAAUGCAUCUCAAGCAGAAAAGCUGAGCUUUAAAGUGACUUUACUCCUGUCCAUUUCUGUGGUGCUGCAAGUUCUUAAUGACAGACUGACCGCUACAAACAGUGAUAUUCCAUUAAUUGGCGUUUACUGUGGUGUGGUUUUCACACUUAUUGGCUUUAGCAUUCUUGAGACCAUCCUUGUGAAUGUUCUGACAGCUAAAGGAAAAAAGGCCAAAUCAGCAACACCAGAGAACACCCGGGCUGCUGUAACUGGUCCAGGUGAUCAUGUAAACUCUCUAGAAACCAGUGGAAAUGAGGAGCCGAUGUGUAUGCUUGACAUUGGAAAGAAGUCAUCACUGUGGACCAAAGCUGCAAAGAUUAUAGAUGUGACCUUCAUUGUCUUGUACAUAAUCACCAUUAUUGUGUUUCUUUCCGUAAUUGGUUCAGAAUGGUUAAAGUAACAGCUUCUAAUAUGUAAAACAGCAUGCAAAACUUAAUUUGGAAGUUGUUUUGUUUAUUGUUUUCGACAAUACAUAAUUA